AUGUCGUCAGUGUCCGAUUUCCUGACCGCCCGGUCCACCUACAGCCUCCGCUCCCGUUGGUCCCUCGAUAUCCCGGUUACCGACCUCUGUAGCUACCUCUUCACCUCUCCCACCGCCGAGCUGUCACGCACGCCCAUCUACCUCGCCGCCGAGAAGCCAGAAACCCACAAUCUGUCUCUCCACUCGCACCGACGACUCGUCAAGAAGAUCGCACGUGGCCUACGGGAUGCAGGAUUGCUCCCCGGCCAGCGAGUCCUCGCCUUCUCGGCCAACAAUGUCUUCUACCCUUCGCUAUAUCUCGCCAUCCUCGCGGCCGGCGGUGUCUUCACGGGCGCAAACCCGAUAUACACCACACGAGAAUUGGCAUUCCAGCUGAAGGACUCGGGUGCGUCUUUCUGCAUCGCGAGCGCGGCAUCGAUCAAAACGGCCGUCGAUGCGGCUGACAUAAUCGGGUUGGAUAGAAGGAAGGUGUAUGUGUUUGACGACGGGUUGCUGUUGGGCGAUGUGGACGGCGGAACCGGUGUCGAUCGGUGGACAUCGGAUGCAGGUGAGCCGGGGAAGUUGUACGGCGUGCGACAUUGGAGUGAGCUUGUGAGUGAUAGCGAUGACUUCCAUUGGAAGCCCUUGCAGACGAUGGGGGAUGUUCAGCAGACUGCGGCUAUCAACUAUUCAUCGGGCACAACCGGAGUCCCGAAAGGUGUUGAGAUAACCCACCGAAAUCUGAUCGCGAAUACCAUCCAGGUUCUACACUUGGGGCACCUCUCGCCCACUCUCCGAGAAUUACCUUCUCGCCAGAUCGGAAUGCUGCCGAUGUACCACGCGUACGGACAAACAUAUUAUGUGAUGAUCUGCCCCGCCCUCAACGUGCCGCUAUACAUGAUCCAGAAAUUCGACUUCCUCGAGUUCCUGGGAUACAUCGAGAAGUACAAGGUCACGUCGAUCGCGGGGGUGCCACCCAUCAUGAUCGCGCUCGCCAAGCACCCGGGUGUGUCGAAGUUUGAUCUUUCGAGUGUUAGAGCAUUGGGAUCUGGCGCAGCACCGCUGGGAAAGGAUGUUAUGAAAGAGGUCGAGGGGAAGUUUCUGAAGAGAUAUGGCGCGGAUAUAAGAGUGAGACAAGGGUGGGGGAUGACGGAGACCACCUGCUCAAUACUUGGACAUCACCCCGACGACAAAGAGGACGAUCAAGGCUCCGUGGGGGAGCUUUUAGCGAACUGUGAGGCCAAAAUUGUCGAUGCCAAUGAUGAAACGAUAGACCUUCCCGCCGGCGUCCCGGGCGAACUCUACGUCCGUGCCCCUAAUGUUUGCAAAGGCUACUACCGCAACCCUAAGGCUACGGCGGAGAUCUUUACAAAGGAUGGGUGGAUGCGGACGGGCGACAUCGCGUAUUACAACUCUAUCGGGAAGUUUUAUAUCGAGUUGAUCAAGGUCAAGGGAAACCAGGUCGCUCCCGCCGAGUUGGAAGGUGUCUUGCUCGACCACCAAAAGAUUGCCGAUGUAGCCGUCAUAGGAAUUCCCUAUGCAAACGACGAGCGACCACGAGCUUACGUAGUCCCGAUUGCCAAUUCCGGUCUGACACAAGAGGAUGUGAAAGACUGGGUGAAGGAGCGAUGCACGCGUUACAAGUGGAUAACAGGUGGUGUCGUGUUCCUCGACGAGAUUCCGAAGAAUCCAUCUGGAAAGAUCUUGCGGAAGGUGUUGAGGGAGAGGGCGGCGCACGAAGUCGUCGACACCGGGGAUAGCAGGGCGAAGCUGUAG